AUGAAAGAAGAACUGCUUAUUUCUUUAGUGCAAAAGUAUAGAGAACUGCAUGAUCUAGGAGACCCUAGAUAUCACGAUGAGCAGCGGCGCAUGAAUAUAUGGCAAGAAAUAGCACAGAUUUUGAAUGAAACACCGGCAAAUUGUAAAGAGAGAUGGAAGAGAAUUCGCGAUAAUUAUCGACGCGCCAAAAAACUACGUCUAAUGAAGAGUGGCCAGGCAGCCACUAACAUAAAACCAAUUCGAUUUGAAAAAGAACUGAGCUUUCUCUCUCCCUUUAUAUGUAAUGACACACAACAAAAUUUAACAAAUUUGCCAUCUUUGAGUGAUGAUGAACAAGUCCUGUCACCACGGUCGCGGCGCGGCGAUGAUAAUCGAGUUGCUGUCGCUGUGCUACCACGUGUGCUGCUUCACGUGUGCGUGCGCCACGCGCGCCUGCACUGCCAGCACUGCUACUCCUCCGACGACGGCCGCAAGUACUCGGCCGUUGCUCGGCCGCCGCCCGCAUGCCCAACGCUCGCUGGUUCCGCCUCACCGCGCGGCACGACGACGAACGCGGGAUCUUCGCCUCUGGCCGAAAGUGCUCCCAACAUGUACGACAUCUUCGAGGAGCCGCCGCUUGACCUAACUGCGCACAUCUGCGCGGACUCGUUACGUCAGAGUGCGCAUGAGCAGAUGCGCGCCGUUGGCGGACGUCUGCGAUUAUUGGACGAGCUCGAGACCGGGGUCAUUACCGCCGAAUCUGUCGCUAGCGCCUUCUCUGCUGCAUCUGAAGCCGAAAAGAAUAUGUGUCUGUUUUGGGUGGCAUACCUUAAACUCGCUAACUUACUGCCGCCUCUAAUCGAGGCUGGAGCCGAUCCGCUCUGUUUUGACGCUCUCGGAUUGACUCCCUUGCACGUUGCAGCCUUCAGUGGCUCGACAGAAUGCGCCACUUUUCUUCUGUCCCGCGGCUGCGAUCCCAAUUACAUGCCGCGAUGCUUCACUCCGCUUCAUUGUGCAGCGUUUGGAAAUUCAGUGCAAGUGGCUAAUCUGUUAAUAAGUCGCGGUGCAUCUGUACAUUCAGCCGUAAAGUAUGUCAACUGUGAAGGUGGCCUCCUGCACUGCGCCGUGCGCGCCAACUCUGUGGAAUGUCUCAAACUGUUUAUAUGCCAUGGCGUCGACGUCAAUCAAAUUGAGCCGGGUGGCACUAACGCCAUCCACCUCGCCGCUGACUUGGGAAUGUUCCAGUGCCUCCAAGGGCAGAUCCAGCUUUGA